UCUCUCUCUAACUCCUUCCCUAUUAAUCUGUCAUCGUCUUCCAAUAUCUGACGCAAUACGACUGGUCUCACAUGACUCUCUGCAACCCACGUAGCCAUUACAGACAAAAUAAAAGCAAACCCUUCUCUCUUUCUCUCUCUUUACCCCUUCUGCAACUCUGUCACUCCAUAUUCAGUCCUGCCAGAAACCCCAUUAACGUCCUAAAGCUCUGCUUUUUUUUCUUUUUACUUUUUACCCACCUCUCUCUCUCUCUCUCGUGGUACCUACUACUACUACCAUAGUUGAACACCGUUCUCUAUAAUUUAAUCUUUUCUGUUUCUGUACUUUCUUUUUUCUUAUUCAAUUUUGUUUUUUAAAAAGGCUUUUUAAGGGUUUAAAUUUCUCCCCAUUUUGUAUACUGGCUCUCCCAACAAUGGAAGCUUUCAGUUUGCUUAAAUACUGGAGAGGUGGCGGUGGCACUGGGGGUGGUAGCGGCGGAGAUGUUGCUGGGAACAUCCGACCCACUUCUGCUGUCGCUACGAUUGUAACGGCCGUCAGUAAAAACGCGGCUGAAACUGACGACGACGAUGAUGACGACGAUGGACCCUUCUUUGACUUGGAGUUCGCGGUCAACGACGACGACGAAGCUGAAGUUGGAGACGAAGAUGAAGAGAAUACCCCAAACGGAGAAGAACCCAGUUCGGGAGAAAGCGGUAACAGCUUAGACGACAGUGAUCUAGACGAAGAAGAAGAAGAGGAAGCCGAAGUCGUUGUCGAAGACGAAGACGAAGACGAGGAGUGUAAUGGUGAAGAGGUUGACGAGAGAGAGUUUAACUUCACACUCUCUUCUGGCUCAAGCAAUGAUCGUACGGACACCAAUCUGGCUCUCUCUCCUUCUGAUGAUUUGUUCUUUAAAGGUAAGCUGGUCCCCAUCGAGUCUUCUUCCAUCGUUUUCAGUCCCUCCGAGGCUAACUCGAAACCAGCCCAGUUCCCUGUUUCGUUGCUUAAAUCCGCCACCAAGUUUCGAGUCUUCAUGUUGGGGCUCAAAAAAUCGAGAUCAAAUGCUGCUACUACUACUACUACUAAUAAUAAUACUAAUAACAAUGGCGGAGAGAAGACAGAGCCUGUCAAUGGAUCUGUUUCUUCUGGUCCCAAACAACAGCCCAAAAAACAAGAAACUCAACAGAAGGACCCAGCCGAAAAACAUCAAUCCCAAAAGAAUCAACAACAGGGGAAGUUCUUCACUGUUAAGCUAAAGGUCGAAGAAGUUCCUAUUGUCUCUCUGUUCACCAGAGACAACAGCUCCAGAGUUUCGAACAAGUCUCAGAAACAGAGCUCCGAAAACGAAGCAACUGCAGCUACGGCUGCUGCUGCUGCUGCGGUAUCCUCGGAGGAGAAACGUUUCGCUAAAGAAGUUGUGCAGAAGUAUCUUAAAAUGGUGAAGCCUCUUUACGUUCGAGUUUCGAGAAGGUAUGGUGAGAAGUUAAAGUUUUCUGGCCAGCUUAGCCUGAAUGGUUCGGUGGCCAAAGCAGCCACUUCGCCGCCUGCGUCGACGGUGGCUCAAAAGCCGAACCCGACGGAGGCUCAGGCUUCGACUCAGGCUUCAGCUCCGGUUCAUGCGGCGUCUAACAACUCUGCUGUUGAGAAGAGUCAAACGGUGGAGCCGGAAGCUCCAGAAGCUCCGGCUAACAACGCUAACAAGUCUCUGAAACAGGUAAACUUGCCAGCCGGGCUUAGGGUGGUCUGUAAGCAUUUGGGUAAAAGCCGUUCGGCUUCAUCGACGGCCGCCGUUGCUCCGACGGGUACGGCGGCGUCCAAACGACGAGAUGAUUCGCUUCUUCAACAGCAAGAUGGUAUCCAAAGCGCUAUACUCCAUUGCAAGAGAUCAUUCAAUGCUGCUAGAGAUUCAGAGUCAAAUCUUCUAUCACGGUGUGCGAGCGAUCCCUCGAAUGAAAAAUCUUUGGACUUGUCAAGAAAGCCAUCUGAUUUAGCCAAAAGUAGUGGUGAUCAACGGUCGUGAUUCAUCAUCAUCAUCAGUAUCAAUCUUAAUAGCCAAUCUUUUGGGAAAGUGGCGGGAGUUUUGGACUAGAUAAUAACAAAGCUCAAUGUUCUUGUUGGUCAAGCUUAGUUUUUUUUUUUCUCAGUGAAAACUCAUCCUCAAAAGUGAAAAAGUACAGAGGAAAAUGAGUUCAAUCUUCAAUGAGUUCAUAUAUAUAUAUAUAUAUCAGUUCUCGUAUGUUGGUAUCUUCUUCUUCUGUAAAUGUUUUAUGAAAAUGCAGAGAUAAAUCUUUUAAAAGGGGGGGUUUGUGAUGAUAAGUCAUGAGUAGGAAUGAACCUUCACUCUCUGCCAUUGUAAAGCUCGACUUUCCCUGAAAGUGAGAGAAAAAAAAAAUCAGAUCUUUGUACCUAUCUAUUCCUUUGUAAUCAGAGUUUAGUAUUAGUAGAGAAGAGAACCCCCUUUCAAUUGAAAUUACCAAAAUACCAGUGUAACGUUUAUUAAA